AGUUGACAUAUAUAUAAGCGAAAACGCGAUGUUAAAUUCUCUCUGAAAAAUUUCCACUCCGCUGAAGAUUGUCUCUGGAAAGAAAAUCGUCUGCCUUAAUUGACAGCACAUCCUCCAGAAGAUAUCUUCUCAUUUGUGAAAGUAACGCAGAACUUGCUAAUCAUGAGUCGUCUGAGCUUAUUCUUCUUCUCCGUCGGACUGGCAGCGGUUCUUAUUACUAUCAGCAGCAGCGCCCCCUCUCACUCACGGCAGAAGAGGGGUUUUCGCAAUGCUGCUCUCUCCACUGCAAGAGGUUUCGGGAAAAGAAUGCAGCAAUCUGGAACACUCGAAGAACUGGGAUUGCACAGUGAUUUCAACAGACCUAUGGCUUCCAGCUGGUUGGCAGAACAGAUUGCUAGAAGUCCCGCACUGGCAAAGCUUUUAGUAGAAAAAGUUAUAGAUCAAAAUGGUGACGGAAUGAUCAAUCCAGAUGAAAUGUUUCAAGCUCUGUAACAGAAAAUGAAAUUCAGAAUGGAAUAUAAAGAAUCCCAUAUCGUUCUUGGAUUUUUUCCUUUAUCUUUGGGAGAUAUUUCAUAUUAAAGUAUUAAGAAAUUUUGGAAAAUAUGCAUUAUAUCGCAUUAAAUUUGCAUUAGUAAUAAACAAAGUGAAAACUUCAAUUUUAGACUUUUGUUUGAUUAGAAUCCGUUUUAUGUUAAUACUGAUAAAAAAUUAUAUUACAUUUGACAUAUAUCCAGUGUAUAUACGAAUGCAAAAAAUAAAAGAAAAUUCUCAUUGAAAGAAUAAAUAAAAUGUUUUGAAAACGAU